GCGCGUGUGCGCACGCCGGAGCCGUUGAGAGGGUCACCUGCUCCUACUCUAGGAGCGAAGCCGCGCAAGUCGGGUUUAGCAGCUCGCCAUCGAUCCCGCUGACACUCGACCCGGAGCGCUGCACCGCCGCGCCAAUCUCCGUGACACCUAGCGACGCGUACACUGGCAAGUCCAAGCGAAACAAGAAACUUAAAGGAGACCUCAGAGAGAGGAGUGAAAGUUUUUUUUUGUUUUAACCCGGUUUCUUCGAGCCUCGGUGAUCUGCAGCGAUUGCGGGCUGAAAAAUGGGAGCUUCGUGCACUGGGAUCUUCCUGCAGCUUUUGAUCCUCAUUCUGGGGAUAGGGAUGCAAGUUCAUGCAGUGACCACCGUGACUGCAAAGGUUGGAGACACUGUCACGCUGGCUUGUGAGGCGAAAAAAGGAGCUGACGUGUUCUUAGUGAUAUGGAGAGUGGAAGUAAAUGAAAAUUUCAAAGAACAACUCAUUUCAUUGUCACCAAUGGAAAAUAAAAUAGUAGACAAAGAGAUUUCCGGAUACAAGGGCAGAAUAAUGAUAAACAAGGAUCUAUCCUUAAAUAUUUUCGAUGUUGGAAUUCAGGAUGAAAAAAUAUUUUCCUGCUCUACAGUGAUUGGAUCAGACAUAUCUGAAUCUUAUGUAUUUGUCAAAGUUUACAAGCGACCAACUAAUCCUGAAAUUAUACAGCCAGCUCCAUUUCUUGUUGCAGGGAAACCACAGAAGGUUGGUCUGUGUGUCGUGAAAGAUAGCUACCCUGCUGCUAAUGUUUCCUGGCAAUACAAUUUUGAGAAUCUGGACAACAACAUCCCAGGUGUAAAGAUGGUCAAUCAUCCUACUAUUAAUGACAAAGGCUUUUUCGAUAUAACAUCAACCCUGGAGUACAGGCCAUCAAGAGAUGAAGGAAAAAUAUCUUUUAGCUGCCAGGUGACUUAUUUUGAAGACCUGGGCAGAAGUACAACAAAAGUAUCUUCAUCAGUAGAUAUGUUCGUCCACUACAACACUUCAAAAAUUUCUUUGAAAGUAUCACCAGCACAGGACAUCUUGGAGGGAACAAAUGUUGUACUGUCAUGCUCAGGUGACGGCUAUCCUCCACCAGAAAAAUUCACCUUCACCCAGAAUGGAGAAGUGAAAGCUGUUGGUGUGAACCGAUAUGAGCUAAUGAACACAACACAAGAGGAUACUGGUCAAUAUGCCUGUUCACAACCAGAUAACCCUGACAUAAAGGAUUCUGUUAACAUCACCGUGCACUAUUUGGCUUUGACUAUGAGUCCUAAUGAAAGUGUCUCCAAGAUGGUUGGGGAGAAUAUAACCCUGGAGUGCAUUGUUAUUUCCUCUGGAACUGCAGAUGUUAUCCUGAUGAAAAAAAAUAAAGUUAAUCAGAACCCUUUAGUGUUGAAGUCACUGCAAUACACGCACGCUGGUAAUUAUACGUGCCAAGCCAAAUUAAAAGAAGUGAAGGAAAUUAAGAGAGAAAAAUCCAUAAUCAUACGAGUGGAAGGAAAGCCAAGGGUAAUUAAAUUGACAAAGAAAGUGAUGAACAAUUUGAAAGUGAUGAGUUGUGUUGUGGAGGGUUUCCCCAAGCCUGCCAUCCAGUGGAACAUCAAUGGAACAUCUCCAAGCGAAGAACCAAUACAAGACAAAAGAUCACAGUGGUGCCAUAAGAUAACAAUACGACCUUCAGAAAACACUACAGUGACAUGCACAGCCAUAAAUACCCAUGGGGAGGAUCAAUAUUCAGUUAAUGUAACUGCCAUGCGAUUCAAGGAACCUGUGGAUGAAUAUCUUGAGCAAAACCAUCAAGAUCCAAAAAAUAAGAGCAACAAGCACAACAGUGGUAAUCAGGCCAAGGUGACAGUGGGAAUAAUCAUCGGCCUAUUAAUAGCAGCAGUCAUCGCUGGUAUGAUUUACUGGUUAUACAAGAAGAAAAGCAAAACCAAUGAAAGAGGUACAGCUGAUGAGUUCAAGAAGAUAAACAAGGGAGAUAACAACCACACUUCAGGCUCCUCAGCUGUGUAACUACGUUGCCUCAACAAGACAGGGAAAGAAAACCAUCAAUUUAGAUACAGAUUGGUGAAGAACAUGAAUGCCACUGAAACAGUAAAUUGUAAAACAUGUUGAAAUUGGCAGCAAGUUGAAAUUGCCAUGCUCCACCACCACUGGCAAGGCCUUCCCUUAAGACACAGAUGUACAAAUAUCUGCAGCUGAAUAUCCAAAUAUUUCUAAUGAAACACGAUUGAACUGGUUUGUUACUCUGAGGGCUGAAGUAGCAUUUUAUCUAACCAAAUGUAUGAGGAAAAAUUCUCUCCUCACACACAACAAAAACUAGGUAAAUAUGCAGCAACUUUUAUUGUGGAUUCAACCUAUGACUAAGAGAUAUUUCUUAUUUACAAUAAGGCACUCAGUCCUCCAAAGGAAUUAUAAAGUUCCCCAUGGUAGCAAGUGAGUUUUUUUUCCCCAAAAAGAGUGUUUUAUUGUUUUGAAUUUCUGCACUGAUGGGUUUGCUUUAAAUGUUAACAAUAUUACAGGGGGUGGUGAAUGCUUUCAUGUGUCAUUUCCUUAUGGCAUUGGUUUAUGGGAUAAUGUGGAUCAUGCUUGUUUUUAAAAUAUUAGCUUCAGAUUAAUUUGUUUGGCAAUUUGGGUUAGUAAAAAUUGUAAUAAUGCAAAGAUUUCAAGAAACCCACCAUCUGAGUUCGUCUUAAGCCAUUUUAGGGCUUCAAUAGAAUUUGCAUUAACCCAUAUAAUGGAGAGAAAUCGUAGAGUCUGAAUUUUCUGUUUGCAAAUGUGGUUGAGGAAUGUCCCAGAAAGAGGAAGGAAGACAAAUUAAACAUGGUUGAAUUUAGUCUUUCUGGCUUCUGUGGUUGAUUCAAGAUAGGAGAUUGGGGUUAACAGGCUGUUGAAAAAUGGCAGCUUUAUAGUGGAAGUUCCACAGUCCCUUACUCAUUCCUAGAUUGCAUUUGAAAUGCCCUUAUUUUUUUAUUUGAUGCUAACUUAACCAAUUAUGUAGCUUAAAGCACACUGUCAAUGGGCCAGUUUCAAUGCAUCUUUCCUCUCUUCUUCUUCAAAUCACAUUGGAGAAAUUUGCAUGUGAAUAUUUUCAUCUGAUGUACCUUUUAGAAGAAUUGGAAAUAUGGAAGAACAGUGUAAAUAUAUAAUUAAUGCAACCCUUUGAACUAAUCUUAAUUAAGGCUCCUACAGGUUAGAUACAAGUGUGAUAGGGCAGACAGUAUCCAAAAAGUGUGAAGAGAAAGCCAAAUAGAAAUAACAAUAGGAAUUCAGAUUAUUUUGUUUACAGGAACCAUUUUCUACUCAGCAGUUUUUUUAUGAAAUCAGUUCAUUAUUAGACAUAAUUUGAGGAGAAUAAUGGAUGGAAAAGGUCGAGUCUGAUUCUAAGUGUAGAAUCAUAAAUACACUCAGGAAUGUGUUUAUAGUAUCAUUACACACAGACUGAAUCCCCAUGCUUUUAAUCUGCUUUUGAAAAAACUUUGAAAAAUAGAAGAUAGCAAUUGAUCAGGUGUUUAAUUUGCCACAAAAAGUGCUAAUGACUGAAUGAACAACUUUUUGAUAAAUCCAUUAAAACUUUGCAUGUUUCUUGCAAUUUAUUCGAAUGGUUUCUGAGUAACCUGACAUGGGCUACUAUUUUUCUUCUGCAAAUUAUAAUCUCCAUUCCUCAUUGUCCUUUUCUUCAUUAAUUAUAAUGGUUUAGACUUAAUAAUUACGUUUGCCAAAUGUUUGUUGCAGUGUAUUCAAAGAGUUUAUGGACCCUUGGAACUUCAGUUACCUCUUCAGGCCCAACACCAGAAUAUUGGUGAGGUUAGCUGUACAGAUAAUUGGGUCAUAUAAAAUUACUGCUGUAUUUUUUUUAAUUCAUUAAUCAGAGAUAUAGUGAGUAUUUUAUGUUUUGUAUAUAGUAAUAAUUCCACAAAGAUUUGCUAUCUCUUAAUGGUUAAUUGAAUAAUUCUCAAUGGAAGCAGGGAAAACCAUUUUUCGUCUCCUAAUGAUGCAACACGGACCCACAAACAGACUCAUUGAAAGAUCAAUAACAAAAAAAUAAUUUUGGAGUUGUAUAAAUAAAUGGAUGUAUCAUGCAAGCAGUAGAACACAUUACAGAAGCACCUGUUAUGAAAGUGGAAUAUAAUGUAUUUGGUCAUUAUGUGGCAGCAGCCCCAACUAGUUAGCCUGAUUCUUGUACAAAAACAAUUCUUGAUCUUUAAUCUUUCCAGUUUGCUAAAAAUAAAUGUUUUGAAGCUUU